CAUUUUACGUGCUACAUUGUUUCACUGCACUUGUGACUUGUGGAUUGUUACAAUAAUUGAAAGCCAAGCCAUAACAUUAUAUAUAUGCACUUCAAAAUGUGACCAGGAAGCAUUCAUCGGUGCACUGAAAUAUAACACGUCUCUUUAAAGAAUGGAGUGGACGUGGAAUUAUUCGUCAAACCCAGUCGUCACUGCUUUUUCAGCAGGUAUAAUCCUUCUGCUAGUUCUAUACAUCAAAGGGAAGAACGGUGCUUCCAAAAGAAGGCCCCCAGGGCCGCCAGGAUGGCCGAUUUUCGGCAACAUGUUCGAUCUCGGCGACUUGCCACACCAAACUCUUUACAAUUUCCGGAGCAAGUACGGUCCAGUCGUCUGGCUACAACUCGGAUCAAUCAACACCAUGGUUGUUCAGAAUGCCGUAUCGGCUGCCGAACUGUUCAAAAAGCACGACGUGCCAUUUUGUGAUCGUAAGGUACCAGACGCCCUGACGGCCUUCCAGUUCAACCAGGGGUCAUUGGGGAUGAACACUUUUGGCGGGCAUUGGCGCGUGCUGCGACGCCUGUGCUCCAUGGAGUUUUUAGUCAACAAAAGAAUGAACGAGACCACUGAUUUACGGAGGAGGAUCGAGGAUAAUAUGAUACGUUGGAUUGAGGAGGAUUCCGCAAUGUCAAAAGCUCAGGGCGGGACUGGAGCGGUGCAGCUCAGCAGGUUCCUUUUCCUGAUGGCUUUCAACCUGGUUGGUAAUCUUAUGUUGUCCAGGGAUUUGUUGGACAGCAAGGAUCCUGAAAGCAGGGAAUUUUUCGACUCCAUGAAUGAGAUUUUGGAGCUGGCUGGGACGCCUAAUAUUGCUGAUUUUCUCCCAUUCUUGAAGAAGCUUGAUCCGCUGGGAAUGAAGAAGAGGAUGAUUGCUAACAUGACUAAAACAAUGAGGAUUUCGUCUAGGUUUGUGCAGGAAAGGCUAGACCAGAGGAAAGCUGGCAAAAAGAGUGACAAGAAAGACUUCUUGGAUGUUAUGCUGGAGUACCAAGGUGAUGGUAAGGACGGCCCUGAUCAUUUCACAGAGCAUCAGAUCAACAUUGUCAUCAUGGAAAUGUUUUUUGCUGGAUCAGAGACUACUAGCAUCAGUAUUGAAUGGGGUUUCACCGAGCUGCUUCGCAACCCGCAUGCCUUCAAGAAAGUCAGGGAAGAAAUUGACAGAGUUGUGGGAACAAACAGAGUGGUUGAAGAGAGUGACAUGGAAAACCUUCCAUAUCUUCAAGCUGUGGUGAAGGAAACGUUCCGUUUGCAUCCAGCUCUGCCUUUGCUGCUUCCAAGGAACACCAUGGAAGACACAGAAUACAUGGGCUACCUCGUUCCCAAAGGCACCCAAGUUUUCGUCAACGCGUGGGCUAUCGGAAGAGAUCCCGACUACUGGAAUGACCCUCUGAGCUUUAAGCCCGAGAGGUUCAUAAACUCCAGUGUGGAGUACAAAGGCCAGCAUUUCGAGCUGAUUCCGUUUGGUUCUGGAAGGAGGAUUUGUGUGGGAUUCCCCUUGGCUCACCGUGUGGUUCAUCUUACUUUGGCUACUUUAGUUCAGGCUUUUGACUGGGAUCUUGGUAAAGGUGUCAAACCUGAAGACAUUGAUCUGGAAGAAAGGCUUGGAUUGACACUGAGGAAAAAGAAUCCCCUCAAAGUGAUCCCCAAGAAGCGCCUUCAUGUCAAGUGAGAGCGUCAUACAUAUAUAAUUCAAGUUAAAAUCAGUGCUGCUGCUGGCCUGUGAAAUAAACAAGCUUACACAAAAUCAGCUUCCACAAACUUAGUAGCAUUAAUCUUCAUGAAAUGUACUCGUAAUUCUAUCGUUUCACUUAUUUAAAUGUUUUGACGUUUAAUUUUGGCCAUCUCCAGUCACGUUUGGAUGACUUAUGUUCCUUAUAAUCAUAUUAAUAACAACUACAUAAGCUGACAAAGUGAUGGUUUUUUAAAGCUCAAUACCCAAAGAAAGGCGAAGACAUUCUUCUAUGCAACUGAAGAACCUCAGACAGAUUUGAGGUUCUUCAGUAUCAUCUCUAACUGAACUAUCUUUCAUCUAUUCGGUUGAUCUGUCCAAGAAGCUCUCAUCAGAUAGAGCAUUGUCCUGAGCUAUAGAAUUGCUUAGUAGAACUCACAGAGAACAAGGACUUUGCCAUGUAGAUAUGUCACUGAUUUGAUCUCUUAGCUGAUCAAUAAGAAUUUUGAGGUAUUUGUUUCUGUCAGCAAGCCUCUUUCUUAAGGCCAAGGCUUGUUCUUCCAGAUUCUCGAUUUCAGGUUGGUCAUCGGGAGAACCGGAUCCAGUAGGCAAAACCUGUUCAGAAUUAGAAAUAGCAGAGAGGACUGAACGCAGAGCAGCCACGGACGUUUUGUAACGGAAUCGAGCCUCCUCUAGGGCCCCAUCGGCGUCAUCAAAGGGAUGCAAUGGCGAAGAAGAUCCCGAUGAAAUGCCGUCGCCGUGGGAAAAUUGGUGCCCGUUGUCCGGACUAUCUAAAGUCGAAGCAGUUGAAUUCGGAUUGACUGACCAUACAUUAGGUUUACAGAGCUCGUGGUUCAUGGCGGAGAGAAUCUGGGAUGCUGAUUCAAUUGUGUCUUCUAAAUGCCUUUCUCCAUCUUUCGCUAAUUCGUGGAUGGUUUUGAUCGGAGCUGCCGCUGAAACCCCAACGCCGGCGCCGAUGAUCCUUGAUCCUGCCUUGUCGUCCAUCCUGAAUGUAAGCGUUUCCUCUCGUUUCAUAGGGCGUAUGUAUAUUUGUUUCCAGUUGCAUUACAAGCACUCGAUGUCCCAUUAAGGUUUGUGUCACGCGCCAGGGGUCGGAAGGAUGGCCGGAAAACAGAAACGGAGCAAUAGAUGAAGAUCGGGAAAUUUUAGGGUUCGAAAUUGGGGAAGAAAGAAGAAAUUGGAAUUUUCCAAUUUGAUGAUUAAUUUUACAGACCCAGGGACUAUAUAUAGUCCACACAUUUCUGAAAAUGACACUCUAACCCCUAUAAUUUUUAAUCCUUACAAAUAAGUCCAGGGCAUUACAGUUGCCAGUCGGUCAUAUAAUCAGCCCAUUGGGCUAAAGCGUGGGUAUGUUUCUGUUGGCUUCAUGUAACCUAAAAUAGGCGAUGUUUUUAAUUAAUACCCAAACGGAGAAAGGUUUUUGCCCUCUGGAGCCAAUUAUGCCUUCUUUAUCGCAGCAAAAGCUGCAGUUUCUCGUUUCUGCAGUGCUUUUUGCCAAGCAAAGAAAACACGUGCAAAAGAAACUACAUCAAUGAAAAUUUUACAAAAGAUAUCAAAGAUUUCAAGCUUUUUUCCUGGAUAGAAGUACUGAAAUUUACCCUUACAAAGAUUGAAGUGAUAAAAAAUGACUAUUUACAUGAACCAUUUCCAUGAAGUAACCCAGCUAAAAAUGACUAGACCCUAUUCCACAGCUUUUGUGCUAUGCUCUAAGUACUUCAAACAGAGUACCUUUGUAGCUGGAUACAUAAGCACGAAAUUCCUCAGGGAAAGGAAUAUCAGCAAGACAGCAACAAUAAUACAGGUUCCAUGUUAACAUUUAACAGUAUGCACUGUAAAAGCAAAUACUACAUAUAUUCAUUGAUCAUGCUAUGAGAAUUAUUGAUCUUGUCAUACAGAUAGACAUCAGAUGGUCUUUUACACGAAGAAUCAAGGAAUGAUGGUCUUUCUUUAUGUUCUUGACAAUACCUUGAAAUGUAAGUUAAGCCCAUGAGAAGUUCUGUAGUCGCUGCUUCUGUCUUAACUUGGUCUGCAAAGUAAAGGGUCUGAACUAGAAGCACGUUUGUCCCAGGAGUCAUAUGCUGCUUCUCAAAAUUUCGCUCAGAAUGCCAUUUAAUUGUGCUGUAAGCCAGUGGGAGUAACCAAUCCAGUAUCCUCGAAGAUAUCAGUCUCCACUCCGCUGCAAGGGCAGCAUCAUAGACGGAUGAUGUAUAAGUUUUUGUAAAGAGUUUCAACUUUUUCCUCAAUGAGGCUCUGAUGCUUGCUGGCAACAUAUUGUACAGGUCAUCCCUAGCAUCCAUACUGAUCAAAUGUGGUGCUGCUAUGAGCUUCUCAAUUAAUAUGAUGAUAUUAGCAUAACGGAGAGUCAAAGCAGCAUGGCCUAGGGUAGAUGGAGAAGGGAUUAUAAUUUUAUGACUAAAAUUUGGGAAGAUUACUCUUGAUGAAAUUGUACCCUUGCUCGGCUGAGAAUAGGUGCCCAUGCACCUCAUUUUGUUCAUCUCUUGGGUGGAAACACCAUUUGAACUUAGAAUAUCACUGAUUGAAGGCAAGGUCGUUGCUAGAACAGGUGAAUCACUACUACCUGGCAUACACCCUUUAAAAGGUCCAACACGAGCUAACCCUAUGCUUUUGACCUGCUGAUGUUUUCCACCGAAAACCAUUGAAGUUUUCCGCCUGUGCAACUUUCUAUAAUUUGUCCUAUUCUUCUCACCAGCAGACUCCAAAUUUGAGGAAUUUCUCCCCAGAUGAGCAGAGUAGCACCUAACUUGAUUUCUCUGAGACGGAUGACUAGAAGACUGUAAUGAAGCAGACAAGGAACUGCUACGGACCAGACAAGAUGCACUAUCUGGGAAACGAUCCAGAACUUUAUCACCAGCCUCAUUCUUGUCUACCCCACGCACAAGCUUGAUCCUUGCAAAUAUAGUGAAAAUUGAUCGAAGCAGAAGCCUGACAGUAUAGUCAUAAGUGCGUACCCAUGGAGACAUAUCACGGAGAUUCUUGAUUUCCUGGCGUUGCCACAUAACCUUCUGCUGAAAUUCAUACAGUUUCACGUGGUUCGGCUCAGGGUUAGCCCGCAUUCGCCUCAAAGUUUGCUCGAGCUCCGCAAGUACCUCUAAUUCCUGAUACAGCUGUGAUGUAGCAGCGACAAAUCUCUCCAUCUUCUUAACCUUCCUCUCCAUCUUCUUGAGCCGAUAUUCCCACCUAGACCAUUUAAGAUUAAUCUCACCAGGGUCCUCAAAUACUGGUUUAAGAUUAUGAUAGGUAGGGUCAUCACAUUUCCUUCCAAGUAAUACCACGGCCCUCGCCACACAUCCUAAAUUCUCCAUGACUUCCAGUACAGCAAGAUCCAUCAAAUAAUCGACAUCUUCAGAAACAAACAUUUUAAUACCAACCGAAUUUGCAAAUUCUUCCUUCAACCUAAUAAUCUCCCCGUCUUCCAGGCAAUGCCACAAAUUUGCCAACUUAGACAUUAAGCUGGCAACUUCAAAUGACAAAAUACCAAUUUCAGGCCCCGAUGCUUGGCUUUUCCAUGGGGACCCUUUCAACAGACUACGAAGCAAGUCUGCCAUGCCUCACCUGCGUGUACACGGCGCCAGAGGCUCAAAGUAAUCCAGAUUCCAAGUGCCCUCAAUCCAUUUCUCUUCCCCUGUUUUGCAAAUAGAGACGUGAUCAAAAAAUCUGGACGCCCAGUAAAAUGUCACUGGAGAUACACUUCUCGAGGCUAGGAUUAUGAACAAGAAGAAGAUUUUUUUCUUAGCGCAACAUUCAUCAUAGCUAAGCCUUCAGCAAAUUAGUACUACAAAAGUUCGUUCUUUCCCAUAUCCAUUAUCCCUUUCACCUUAUCAGCAAAGAGCUUCGAAUAUAUUCCAAUCCAAAUUAGUGAAUCAAUUGUUAGGUACGGGAAAUCAAUCAUAACCAUAAAAUUGUAAAGGAAAAUGUUAAAAGAUUUUACCUUAUUUGGCUAGGUAUCAUUCAUUGCAAGAAAAGAUGAACACAAAAAUUUGAGUAAAUGAUUCUAAUAAAAUCCCAAGAUCUUAAGAGUCAUAUUCAAGCAAUUCUUAAUGUUUUUGCAGGAAUUAAAUAGCAACCCAGUUGCGUAAAGAUCACUUCCAAUUCAGUAAUGCAGCAGGCAAUUAAUAAAUCAUGCCCCAACCCUUAAAACAAAAGAAACCAGCAAAGAAUCCGCAAAAAAAGGGAGAAACUUACAGUUGAUUGAUGCAAUUAUCAGCAGUAGGUCUGCUGCCUCAUCUUUAUUUGAGAGAGAAAAGGGAGCCUGAGCUGAAGGGAAAGAGUGGUGAAUUAUGAUAACUGAUAAAGACUGAGAUUUUAUGAAGGCUAAUUAUAAACGCCAUAGGCCAUACCAUAUCGUAACCCUACAAUCAUAGCAAAAGUUAUUAUGACUCGUUCUAGAAUUAGAUGGGCAGCACAUGGACAAAAUGAAAAACAGGCCAAAACUCGGAGCAUUCAAAGCGAAUCACUACGUAAUACUAUUUCUAAGGUAUUUUUGGAAUUAUUCUCGACCUGGGUUUAUGCUUUUUUACACAUCUCGAGAAAGUAGUAAUACCACUACCAAACUAGGCCAGAUUCUUGACCAGCCUCCCCACCAAAGAAGAUAAAAGUAUUUUUUUAAAAAAAUUUAUUUACAAGGUAAAGAAACAAUUUUUCCUGCAUUGUUUGUAGAUGUCGUCUUGCUUUUAGUGUGAGGAGAACUUUUUGGAGUAUAUGCUUUUUGAUAAGUUUGAUGUUUAACGUUAAAGCCAAAUCGAAAUCUGCCUACUGAACUCUCAUUGGCGCCAUUGAAAUCUUCUCCAAAAAAAUUCCAGUUGGUUCGUUU